AUGUCUAUUGUAGAGGGGUUUUUGUCUGGAAAAUGUUGCGAUCAAAAAGAACAUUUACGUGUUUUAAUUGAAUUAAUAGACUAUUUAAUGCAAAAUUUAAAUGGGCCUGUACGUUGUUGUCAACAAAAAUGCCAACAAAUUGGCGAAAAACAUUUUAUAAUUUUUGGGGGCACUUUAAACAAAGUAAAAAUUUGGGACGAUUUCGGAGAGUGCCUUAGUGAUGCUUUUGCUAAGUCAGAGCCUGUCAGAGGAAAAAGGGAAGCAUUUAAAGCCUGGAUUACGUUAACAACUUUUCUGGUAUCUCUCUUAUGCUAA